AUGGAGCAACAAGGAUCACCAGCUUCCCAAUUCUUCCAGUCCCCAGCCGACUCUCUCAUGUCAGCUCCUGAAGACGCCUACACAUCACUAUUCGCAGCUACCACCCCUAGCGCAACUUCAACAGUGAACCCCAUGGACAUGUUGACACCAAAGUCCUACAACAACGAUGACUCUCUACUACCAAUGAUCAAGCAGGAGGAGGGCGUUGGAUCAACACCAUCCCCUUCUCCAGCCCCUGAGAAGAAGACCACCAAGAAGAGAAAGUCGUGGGGCCAAGUCCUCCCUGAGCCCAAGACAAACCUCCCUCCUAGGUAUGAACCAACGACAACUGAAGAUGAUGUCACGAAUGGUUCCACUAACUUCCCACACAGAAAGCGAGCAAAGACCGCUGAUGAAAAGGAGCAACGCCGAGUUGAGCGUGUUCUACGGAACCGUCGCGCGGCUCAGUCCUCUCGCGAACGCAAGAGGCUGGAGGUUGAGCAGCUGGAGCAGAAGAACAAGGACCUUGAGGCUGCCAUCCAACAGGCUGAGCAGAUGAACGCCAGGCUCAUGGAUGAGCUUGCACAGAUGCGAAAGGCCAAUGGUCUUCCCCCUCUGUCCCAGGAGCUCUUCACCCCCCAGACAACACAUCAGCCAGCGGAGACCAUGGUAUCUCCCAACGCCACUGUCGACCCAAUGGCACUAUCCCCUUGUCUAUCACCCGUCCCCGAAGAAUCUGAAGAGACCAUCAAACAGGAGCCGGCCAAGGAGACAACCCUGGAACAGUCUGAAAACACCUCUCCCGACCUGACACAACUGUCACAUGUCGGCGGAGGUGUUGAAGACGUUCCUGUCCCAGUCACCCACAACCUUGACUCGGCCAACAUUGGCCUGGCUCCUGCCACUUCAGAUGACACUCUUUUCAGCUAUGGCGGUUCUGAAUUUCUGUCAGCGUCCAUUGACACAGAUCGUUAUCUCAUCGAGAACGGGCAUCUCUCUUCACCCUUCUCCUCAGCUUCUGACGAGCCUUAUCUGGAGUUUGACACGUCUCCGUUCACCCUCGACAACAGCUUCAACGACGAGUUGUACAACACCUUCAUCAACGACACGGACAACGGCAUCUCGACGGAGCUCCAGAAGCCAACCGACGACGCCGCUGCGAUUCUCAGCGACGAGUUCCGCAUCUACGAACUUGAGAAUCAACUCUCUUCAGAAAAUCCUAUCCAGCAGCCCCUCCCUGGCGCGUCCUCUAUUGGAUGCGACGUUGGUGGCAUUGCGGUUGGUAACUAA